AUGACAUCAAACAUUCCUAGCGGUGACAAGCCAGUAUUUGCAAAUACAACCCUGGAUACUGGAAGAGAUUCCAAUGCUCCAAAGCAUUCCGGAGAUAAAAAGUCAUUACAACAGGACGUGGCAGGAAGCUCAAGACCAAAAGCCCCAAAUCAGUCUCAAUCUUGGGUUUUGCAAGGCUUCACUAUACUCAAAAGAAAAGACCCCUUCGGAUUUAAAGGAUUGACUAGUAAACUCAAGACACAUGGAGAGUCUAGUGGUGAGCGCUCUAAGACCUCGUCGCCCCCAGAGGAUAGAAGCUUUGAUGCACAAGAGAGGCCAAGAUCCACUCAAACGAGUAAUUUGCCACCUCUUCCACAAGAUUUGUCAGGUGCUAGACGUCGUUGUUCCCUUGAAAGAGAACGUCAGCGGAUGAUCCGUUUACUUGAAGAACAGCACGCAAGAGCCAUUGAAAACAAUAUCGAUAUGUCACACGCGACAUGGAAGCACCCUAAGAGAGUAACUGAAGAGUUUGUACCAAGCUACAGAGGAGUUCGUCAUGAAAAUACGCCUUCCAACACGGAGUCAGGCUCCCAAGAUUCAAAUCAGCCAAAUGGUGAUCCAUCGCAUGAGCUGGGCACACGCAAACCUCGUGAGCUACUGGAGGAACAAAGGGAGUACCUCAGAAACGUCCAGCAGCGUGCCUUGGAAGGCUGUCCACCUGAAUGGUAUAAUGAAAAAAAGGCAGGUGACAAGCCACGCAAAGUAAGCCCAAUACCAUUUGAUGUAAUUCUCAAAACCAUAGAAGAUCUUGAUGGUGUCACUUUCAGUGAUGAUGUUAAAAAGAAGGUGUUGAAGCAGCAGGCGACCAAAACGAAGAAAUAG